UUUUAGGAAUCCAAAUCUUGAAAUUUUGGAAGAGAGCAUUUGAACCUCACAAUUUCUACCAGGUCUCUCUACAAGGAAAUUGACCAGUAUCUGCAAUCAACUGCAAUCUUGUCACACCUUCAUGAUGUUGCCGUUGACUAGAAAUAUACUAAGAAGUCUCAAGAAUCAAAGCAUUCAGCAAAUUAGGGCAAAACACAGCCAUGGAAACCACUCCCCAGAUUUUCAUGACCAAUAUGGUAAUACUAUACUAGGUGGAACCACUUUCUGUGCUGUUGCAUGGUUUUUACCAAACACACAGAUUGGAAUAGAAUGGAACCUUCCCUUUGGCAGAGUUACCCCCCAAGAGUGGAAGGAUCAGUAACCAUCACUGUUUGUAAUACGAAUUGUUUCAAAAUCAAUCUGUCAUUUAAGCACUCCACUGCUCAUGUAACUAUGACAUAAUUUAAAAAUUAAAAUACAUUUG